AUGGUUCGCGACUUCAUGAGUACUGAUCGUGGUUUACCGGCGGCGUCGGAGGCAGUUCUGCGGACUGCGACGGGGAGGCUUACCGCUCCUGGAUUCCGAUUUUGCCCAACCGAUGAAGAACUCAUUAGCUACUACCUAAAGAGGAAGGUUCAGGGCAAACCGAUAGCUCUCGAUCCGAUUGGAGAAGUCGAUGUGUACAAGCAAGAAGAUCCCUCUGACUUACCAGGGCGUUCGAGGAUAAAGACAAAGGAGCGAGCAUGGUUCUUCUUCACUAUUCUAGAAAAGUACGAAAAAAGUGGUUAUGCAAUGCGAUCAACAAACAAUGGCUACUGGCGCCAAAGAGGAGUAGGAAAGAAAAUCAAGCGAGGAGGAGACGGUCAGGUGGUUGGCAACGUCAAGAGGCUUGUGUUUUACACAAACAAUCAAUCAACCAAUUGGGUGAUCCAUGAGUAUCAACUCGUCGACAAUGAUGGCCAUGGCCUUAAGACAAAUGCGUACGUGUUGUGCAGAUUGUCCGACAGUAGUGGAAGCAUAAAUGCACCCUUCUCGGAACAAGAGUGGGAUGAUGCUGAUAAUGAGAAGAUUCAGCAGGAAAGCAACUCAAGGAGCAUGGACCUCUUCGACCUCAACGAGCUCCCUAGAGAGUUUGAGAUUGGUGAUGACGAUUCCAAAGCAGUUGAUCAGGACGAUAAUUACGAUGCAUGUCUUCUUCCCUGUGUCCUCAACAAAGAAGCUCCACUUCCUUUCAUCCGCUACAGACGCAAGCGCCAAUUAGACUCUGACAACUCAAUCCAAACCACCCCAAAAACCACCAGCGGUAGUAUACCUUAUGUUGCCGCAUUGCUGGAGCGGAGUGAACCAGCGCCAGUUGAUACAACAAUGGUUGUGCCUACAAGCUCCUAUACCGAGGAGCUGAUCAAGGAUCUGCAGAAGGAGAAGCAGCAGAUUGCUGUGGAGCGAAAGAGGUAUAAGCUUGAGAUGACGAAUGCAGAAACGACGAUAAGCGAUCUUGUGGGGAAGAAUGAUGCACUGCGUAUGGAGAUUGAGGAGUUGAAGAAGAAGAACAGCAACAAGGAACAAUGCUCCUAA